AUGGCGUCCGAUAUGACUGCCCAGAUUCUGGACUCCUUGUCCAAGUCCGAUGCGCCCCUCCUUUCCAACGAAGCCUACCCCUCCAUCCCCUCAUUGAAUAUCAAAAGUGCGCUGGACCGCCUUGGCUCGCGACAGAUGAUCGAGUAUGAGACUCUGGAGAAGGAUGUCGUUGUGCUCACCCCCGAGGGUGAGGAGAUCGCCAACAAUGGCAGUCACGAGGCCAAGGUCUUCGCCGCUGUCGUCGCCGCUCUGGAUGGUCUUAAGAUUAGUGACCUGCCAGGCAUUGUGGGGAAAGACAAUGCCAAGGUCGGCCAGGGCAAUUGCUUCAAGCGUGGCUGGAUCAAAAAGGACAAUGACAAGUUGCGGGCUACUCAGGAGUCCAUCGUCGAUGAGACCCGCGAGCAGCUUCUUACCGUGCAGCGCACACAGACUCUCGACGACUCCAAGGCCCUCGCCGAUUUGAAGCGAAGGAAGCUCGUCACCCUGUCUAAGGACAUCCAUUACAAGUUCUCCAAGGGCCCCAAGUACGCCAAGGAGUUCGUAAAGGAGGAGACCGAUCUCACCCCCGAGAUGAUUGCCAGCGGCGCCUGGAAGACUGUCCAGCUGAAGCCAUACAACUUCAACGCCAAGGGUGCCCACACCCCCUCUGGUGCCCUGCACCCUCUGAACAAGGUGCGCUCUGAGUUCCGCAACAUCUUCUUCGAGAUGGGUUUCACCGAAAUGCCCACAAACCGCUUCGUCGAGACUGGCUUCUGGAACUUCGACGCUCUCUUCGUGCCCCAGCAACACCCUGCCCGCGACCUCCAAGAUACCUUCUACAUCGCCGACCCGUUGACCGCUGAUCCCCCGCGCGAGGAUCCCGCCAACGACCCUCACCUCCCCAAGGCUGCGAAGCCCCUCGACUACCAAAAAUACUGGGAUAACGUCCACGACGUCCACGAGAAGGGCAAGUUCGGUUCCAUCGGUUACCGUUACCCGUGGAAUGCGGAUGAGUCCCUGCGUCUUGUCCUCCGUACCCACACCACCUCUAUCUCGGCGUACAUGCUGCACAAGCUCGCCGCUGACCCGCGGCCGGCCCGCCUCUUCAGUAUCGACCGUGUCUUCCGUAACGAGGCUGUCGACGCUACCCAUCUGGCAGAGUUCCACCAGAUCGAGGGUGUCAUUGCUGACUUCGGUUUGACUCUUGGUGGUCUGAUUGGUUUCAUGGAGGUCUUCUUUGCGAAGAUGGGUAUCCACCAGUUGCGCUUCAAGCCUGCUUACAACCCCUACACUGAGCCCAGUAUGGAGAUCUUCGGUUACCACGAGGGUCUGGGUAAGUGGGUUGAGAUCGGUAACAGUGGUAUGUUCCGACCUGAAAUGCUGGAGUCUAUGGGUAUUCCCAAGAACAUGCAGGUCUACGGUUGGGGUUUGAGUCUCGAGAGACCGACUAUGAUCAAGUACGGCGUCAGCAACAUUCGUGAGCUCUUGGGUCACAAGGUUGACCUUGGCUUCAUCGAGUCCAACCCGGCUGUUCGUCUGGAGAAGGAGUAA